UAUUACAGACGUUGCUCAACGUGGCAACUUUCGAAACCGCUUUGAAUAAAAAAAUAACGUGUCAACCAAUCUUAUUUUUCUGUUGUGAAGAACUUGCAAGGGUCACAUAUUCAAUUAGUGGGCAAGAUCAUCGAAAUGAUAACCAAAACAAUAAUAAUUUCUUUCCUCCUGGUCAUUGUUUGUGUCACAUCAGGUCAUGGAAAAUCAUUGCAAAAAGGUGGAAAACGUCAUUUCAUGCUGCCGCCUCAAAUCCCUUCUGGAAAACGUUCCUUAAUGGACACGGAUCCCCCUCGUGGUGGUGAGGGGUUAGGAAAACGUCGUUUUAGGGUACCGCCUCCAAUCCCUCCUGGAAAACGUAGCUCAGUGCUGUAUCCACCUCCAGGAAAACGUAGCCCAGUGGUGUAUCCACCCGGUACUGGAAAACGUAGCCCAGUGGUGUAUCCACCUCCUGGAAAACGUAGCUCAGUGGUGUAUUCACCUCCUGGAAAACGUAGCUCAGUGGUGCAUCCACCUGCUAGAAAACGUAGCUCAGUGCAGAGAAAGAGGCCACCUAUGGGAAAACGUAGCUCAGAGUAGGGGCAACCAGCGGGAAAACGUAUAGCUCAGUUUAUUGAUAUAAAUUUUACCGUUUUUUGCACUGAUUUAUACAAACAUCGUAAUUAUUAAUGACUAUAAAUACUAGAAUAAUUUAUCUUUUAGCACCACGUCUUGCACUAUUGAACUGUUAUAUAACGACAAGAGACGCGCAUGUUAUCAUGAAAUUGUGUUUAGUUUGUAAUGUUGAACGAAAAAAAAAAACAUUUGCAUAAUCAUCAUCAAA